AUGGAUCCUGAAACAGAAAGAUUCCUCCAGGAGCCAGGAUGCCAAGGCAAAAGCUCCCUGAAGAUGGUCGUAAUGGGUUAUCAAGGAGCUGGGAAGAAGACGCUUGUGGAUGGCAUACAGAGGAAUUGGUCGGAACUUAGAAGCAGGAGUAGCAGGAAGGGCGAACGUACUGAUGAUUUAGGAAUCAGAGGUAGGGAUGUCAAUAUUGAAGUCAUAGAAACUGCAGUUAAACGACCUUUCCCCUUCAUCCAACGAUUGCCGUCUUGUGAUGCGUACCUUCUGGUAUAUUCCAUGGUCUGUGAAGAUUCCUUCAAAUCUGUGACGGCAGUCAGGGACCAGAUCAUUCAACAGAAGGGAGACAGCAUCCCCAUAAUAUUUGUGGCCAACAAGACUGAUAUAGCUCAAAACGUGGACAAGACUCGGCGUGUCUACAGGGACCUGUUCAUCAGUUGUGAAUGGGAACAUGGCCACUACGAGAUAUCAGCAAGGAAUAGCACAGACAUCAACAGAGUCCUACAAAACACAAUGAGGAGAGUCAAUAAAACGACCCCUUGA